CAUUUGUGAACCAGACAUAGAGGAGAUAAGGCUAAGAAACUUGCAAUUCUUAGGCAAUUCGAUGGCCGGAAAUGUAGCAGUCAUGGGUGGUGAUGCGAAUUUCCAUUCUGGCUCUGGGGGGAGAGUUCUACCUUUCUCAGCUGAAAGGCCACAUCAAUCGAGGAAUAAUGCUGAGGAGGAAAGAAAGAAGCACUCCAACCCCACUACUUUUUGUCAGCUGUUGGGCUUAGAUGAGCUAUUCUCUUUGGAGGUUUGGAGAGCAUCUUUGGCAGAGCUUGUUGGCACGGCAAUCUUGGUCUUUGCACUAGACACCAUAGUGAUUUCCUCCUAUGAGACCAUAACAAGUGCACCAAAUCUCAUAAUGUCAAUUCUCAUCGCCAUCAUCGUCGCAAUUCUCCUCAUCGCAACCAACCCCGUCUCCGGUGGCCACAUCAACCCGGUCAUCACGCUUUCCGCUGCACUCGUCGGCAUCAUCUCCCUCUCCCGGGCGGCCAUAUACAUUUUGGCUCAAUGUGUGGGAGCCAUUUUAGGUGCACUAGCACUCAAAGCCGUGGUAAACAGCACCAUUGAGGAAACGUUCUCACUAGGAGGCUGCACCCUCACCGUCAUUGCACCAGGGCCCAAUGGGCCCUCAGUUGUGGGGAUAGGGACGGGCCAAGGCCUGUGGCUUGAGAUCCUCUGCACGUUUGUCUUUCUUUGGGCUUCAAUAUGGAUCGCCUUUGACCACCGCCAGGCCCAAGCCCUGGGCAAAGUUGUGGUCCUGUCCAUUGUCGGAAUAGUGGUGGGCCUGCUGGUUUUUAUCUCGACGACCGUCACGGCGGCGAAAGGCUACGCCGGCGUCGGGAUGAACCCGGCUAGGUGUUUGGGCGCGGCACUUGUUCGUGGGGGCCACCUCUGGUACGGGCACUGGGUAUUUUGGGUUGGGCCCACAAUUGCUUGCGUGGCAUUUUAUCUGUACACUAAGAUAAUUCCACGUCAGCAUUACCACGCCGAGGGAUACAAGCAUGAUUUCUUCAACGUUGUAAAAAGCCUUUUCUAGUAGGUGGUACACAUGUAAUAUGUAAAACGUCUUCUAUAAUUAAAUAUAUAAAAAAAAAAAGGUCUUCUAUAAUUUAUCUUUUCAAGUUCAGUGUGUUUGUAACUUCGUAAUAUGUAGUUUGGCAUCCUUGCGGAACUCAUUGAGAGGUCUAUCUACUUUUAGCUGUCGCUUUUUCCAUUAAACGUCGUCGUAUGUUAUAUGAAAGGAAAUUGUGUUGCCAAAUUGU